GAUUUAGGUAAAAUUCAAGUUUUAUUUCCGUAUUCUUUCUAAAUGGCUCAAUGGGAAUACUGGCCUUAUUAUGGGUUGGAAAAUUACCUUUAUACGAUGCCAUUUGAAGCAAAAUUCAAUAUGAUGGAAUCAACCAAAUGGAUGCAAGAAAAUUGGUUCCAUAGCAUAACAUCGUCCAUUGCAUAUGUUAUUUCUAUUUAUAUUGGACAAAAGCUGAUGGAAUCACGCAAACCGUUCUGCCUAGAUAACCUACUGAUAGCAUGGAAUUUUGGUCUAGCAUUAUUUUCUCUCCUAGGCGUGUGCCGAAUGACACCGGAAUUAUUGUGGAGUGUUCGCGAGAAUUCUUUUGAAUAUUCGAUAUGCACAGCUUCAUUUGCGCAGGGUGUCACAGGAUUUUGGACCGAAAUGUUUGCUUUGUCCAAGGUCGCUGAAUUUGGUGACACAGUAUUUAUUGUGCUGCGCAAACGUCCCCUACUUUUUCUGCACUGGUACCAUCAUGUUACCGUGCUUGUUUACACGUGGCAUGCGUAUAAAGAUCAUACGGCCUCAGGACGAUGGUUUAUAUGGAUGAAUUAUACUGUACAUGCAUUUAUGUACACGUAUUAUGCACUUCGAGCGAUGCGUAAACGACUUCCAAAAAUGGCGGCGAUGAUGGUUACAAUUUUACAGAUCUUACAGAUGGUUGGAGGUGUCUUUAUCGGAAUAAAUAUUUUACGAAUCAAGCUUUCUGGACGUGAUUGUCAGCAAACUUGGAGCAACCUGUACUUCUCAUUUACCAUUUAUUUUUCGUAUUUUCUGCUCUUCUGCAACUUCUUCUACUAUACUUACCUGAAAAAGGGGAAUAGAUACAAUGCAAUGCUCGCUAAUGGAAUCCGUAACAAAAUUCAAAAGGAUAUGAUCACGGAAAAGCCAUCAGAGGAUAAAAAUGAAGAAAACGAUGUCGCUAUGAAGGUCAGGAAUCAUUUAAAGAGGAGGGUAGUAAAAUGAAAUUGUGAUAAAGAUGAUAAGAACAAAAAAAAUCAGUUAUUUUCUUAUUUGCGUUAUUCUAUGACAUACUUAUUUCUAUGCUGUGAAUUUUAUGUUUGCAAAAAAACCCAAUGAAAUCCACGGGAAUACUUUGUGUUUUUUAGGCGCAGUUUUUUAACUUCUUGUUUUAUUUUCCUAUUUUUUGCGUCUGAACUUUCCCUUUAUAUUUGUUGGUUAUUUGAUUCUGAUAUUUUUAAAAUGUGUUAUUGUUGGGCUGUUGAUGAUAUUUGUUGAAUACGUGUAGGCAUUAUUCAGCUUGAUUGUAACGUGGCAUGACUUAUUCGAUUCAGAUUCGUGUAAACUUUCUUAUUUUCCUAAAGAGAAAUUGCAAUUUUGUUAUGUUAUUUUAAACAUUAUCUUGUUUUAAAUGCGUGCUCAUACUUUUAUUUAUAAAAUUCACCUUUUUGAUACCCUAAACAUAUGUUAUAUGUAUGUGUGGUGUAUGUAUGUGUCUGUGGGUGUGUUUUCCCCACUUGUUUUAGCGUAUAUAUGUUGGCGGUUGUUUGCGUUUACUUAAGAAGGGUAUAGAUCACUUGAUACCUGUUUUAUCUCUUAAUUUAUCAUACUGAAGGAAUCAUUUGUCAUUGUUUCGUCCUGUUAUUUU